AUGACGUGCCUGACAGACGUCAUAUUUACGUUUUGCAAGUAUUUUCCUUGUCAACAAAAAUCGUCACCGGUGUCUAGUUUAUUCAGUUUUUGGAAAAUCGCUCAAAAUGAGUUGUCCAAUAAGCAAAGAAGCCCUUGUGCAACUAAAACAAUUUAUUGACGUAUGCAAGUCGAAUGCUGCCAUUCUACACCUGCCAGAACUCAAGUUCUUCAAGGAGUUCAUUGAAGCACUAGGUAUUAGCAGAAAGGAAACAUGCUUGUGGUCCAUAUAUAACAUUUUUUUCUUCUAACCAAGGUGGUAAAAUUCCGGUCGCCCCCAAGAUGUCGGCUGGUCCCAAAGUGGAGGUCCCAGAAGAACCUGCCAAGCCUACCGAAGAGCCUGUAGAGUCUGACCCAGAGUCUGAUAUAGAGCUUGACAUGAGUGGAUGUGUCGAGCCUGAUAUGCUUGAUGAGAAUCAGAAAAUGGGAGACCCAAAUAAGGAGUGCACAGAUGAGGAUAGCGACAAGGCAGAUGAAAAACGAAUUGAGGCCAUGCAGCAACUUUCUGAAGGAAAUGUAGAAAAGGCUAUUGAACUUUUCACAGAUGCCAUCGAGUUCAAUCCACAUAGUGCCUUGCUAUUUGCUAAGAGAGGACAGGCUUACCUGAGGCUUACAAAACCUAAUGCUUGUAUUAAAGAUUGUACCAGAGCUUUGGAGAUCAACCCUGAUUCUGCAGCUGCAUAUAAAUUUAGGGGAAGAGCUUAUAGAUUACUAGGCGAAUGGGAGCUGGCCGCCAAAGACCUCCGUCAAGCAUGCAACAUUGACUUGGAUGAACAAACCGAUGAGUGGUUAAAGGAAGUUACCCCCAACGCGAAGAAAAUCGAGGAACACCUGCUGAAGAAAGAAAGGAGGAAGAAAGAGAAAGAGGAAAGGGAGAAAUUGGAGAGGUUAAGGAAAGCUAGAGAGGCGCAUGCGAAGGCCGCUGAGAAGCAAGAUGACGCGCCUGAUUUGGGAGGAGCCGGAGCAGGUGGGAUGCCCGGAGGGAUGCCUGGAAUGGGGGAUUUCUACAAACUGCUGCAGGACCCGGAAAUUAUGACUGCAUUUCAGGACCCGGAGGUAGCAGCCGCCUUCCAAGACAUCUCCACCAAUCCCUCGAACCUGGUAAAGUACACGUCGAACCCGAAAAUAAUGGCGCUGAUUACGAAACUGUCAGGCAAGUUCUCCGGAUCGGGCAUGAACUUUCCGGGGUUUCCCGGAGGAGCCGGCGGGGGAUUUCCCGGGUUCCCCGGGGGAUUCCCAAAGCCACCAUCAGGUGCUUCUGACCCGUCUGCGAAUGCUUCGCAUGAUGACGACAAUCUGGAUUAGGUUCAGAAGCAGGGCGAUGUGGAAGAGGUGUAAGAAAUUCUUUACAAGGCGGUAGUUAUUAUCGCAGUUCUUUAAGGUUGGUGAGUGGAUUGUUGUGGAAAUAAAAAAUUAUAGACAAAUUGUUCUUUUAUCCUUAUUGGCCUUGUACAACAAAAAUUUGGAGCGCUCACACAACAGUUUGAUGAGCAUAGACGAGGCAAAAACUUGGCAUUCGUGGAGGAAAUUUUCCGAUCCAUUUUUUCAUAAUUACAUUUUUUGGAAUGCUACUUAUCAUGAAUCAGAUUACCGGGUGGUCUUUUAAAUGUUUUUUUUUUUUAGUAAAUUUUUUUUAGAUUAGGUUAAAUUACGUGUAAAUCCAUUGACCCUGGCGGAAUGUAGUAAAACGCAUCUGGCAGACUGAAAAAGUUGAUAAGGUGAUCUGAAAUAACAGGGAUUGUCAUACCUACAUAGUUUUAUUGGGUUUACUGAUUUUAUUCGUCAUUUUAUUGGUUCAUUUCGAUAAAUGAAUAGUUUAAACAUCCUGUGGCAUAUAGAACUGACAUCUUUGAGUAUUUUAAAACAUCCAUGAUAUGUAAUAAAAUAACCUUAUAGAUUUUUGUUGGUACUUUAAGGUGUUUUGGACGGAACUAGUGUAUUGAGCAAAAUAUCCGUGUUAUAAGAAGAAAAAAUACCAGCAAUAGUAUAACUAUGUCAAACUCCCUCAAGUCAGAUGCAUUUUCCAUUUACAUUCAUCGUAUCUUUGUAUAGAUUUUCUGUAUGAUAUUUUGUUUGGAAUCUAAACUUGAACAUAAUCUCUCAAAAUUUUAAGAGUUUCUCAUAUUAACCAAUCAACCUUAUUGAGCUGUGAAUUGUUAAGGCUGAUCUUGGAUAUUUUCGUACUGAUACUAUGUGGUGAGGUAUAUAUUAAUAAAAAUUAUUUUAGUGUAAAAGUUUAAUUUAGUUAAUAGAUACAUUGGUCUUUGUAAUGAAAUAUGAUACUAUUUUACACAGACUUUGUAUUAAAUGGUACCUUGCUCAGAAACUGGGGAUCAUUACCGUAUAAAUUGUUUUGCUGUCAUCAUCAUAGUUUGAUAAUAAUUUCUUUCAGAAUAGUGUUUUUUUUUGUUCGGUGUUCCGUCCGAUCAAAGUCCCCGAUGGCAUUGCAGUCUCUUGGUUUUAUUGCACUUUCUCGUCGAAUUUACAGUGCCGAAUCCAGCAGUCUAGUGUUCUGUGCCAGUUGGUACAGUUCCCCUGCCAGUGCUGUUCUAAACUCUCUGGUUUCUAGUUAUGGUUUCCCGAAGAGUUGAUCUCUCUUGUGAUCCUGCUAGGAGGCCUGUAACUACACUGAGUUGGUUUGUACUCAUUGAAGAUCCUUUUGUUAUUCUGCCUGAAAUGCAGGGGUGUGUCUUCCAAGUGGUAUACUAUGCCCAGGAUUACACCCAUUCCCUUAUAUGCCUACCAAGUAAUUUCCCCUUGCAGGUUGUGCCUUUGGUGUUCCGUUCGAUCUCCCAUUUUAGUUUCGUCCGAUCAAAGUCCCCUAGGGCACUGCAGCCUCUUGGAUUUAUUGGACCUUUCUCCUCGAAUUUACAGUGCCCCAUCUCGUAGUCUAGUGUUCUGUGCCAGUUGGUACAGUUUCCCUGCCGGUGCUGUUCUAAACUCUCUGGUUUCUAGUUAGGGUGUAUGGACAUGGUCUCGAGACAAAUUAUUUCACAUACCUUCUUGUGUUCAGAUCCUGUUGGCAUUUCUAAAUCAGUGGCAGAAGUCACUCUAUGACUUCUUUACGGCUUGACUGUGUGUCUUCCAAGUGGUAUACUAUGCCUAGGAUUACACCUAUUCCCAUAAUAUACAUGCCUUCAGCUGUUCGUUGCAUCUGUUAUAGACAAACAGGCAAGUCUUUUGGAAGCACGUUGUCUCAUCUUUGGCUACCACGCCAAAGAUGCAUAAGUUAUCAUGGGUCUUACCACAAUUAUGCACGUCCACAGUGUAUCAAUGGAAGGCUUAAUACCUAUGUUUUACCCUGAGAGCGUCUCGACAACAUUAAAGUAGACUCCGCUUUCAUUUUGAUCUGCUGGUUUCAGGUCAGUGUACUCGUACUUGACUUUCCCCAAAAGUUGUAACUGUACUCCCAAAGGCAUAGAGAUCCUAAUCCCUCUAAUUUCUUUCUUCAGGUGAAAGCAACUAUUCUACUGAUUGAGAAAUAUAUUGUUAGUGCCUAAUUAUUACAGUUUGCUACAUGAACAUCCGUCCGCUAAUAGGCAUGGUAGAAUGUUUUCCUAUAUAGGUGGCAUAUGAACUUUAAAUUUUUGUAUGCAUACCAUUUUGGUAUCAAAAGUUUCGAUCAGUUCUUUCAUUCCCACUUGAAUUUUCAGACAGUUUUGUCGGUUGAUCAUUUAUUGCAUGGUUUUGUGUAUAAUGGUAUCACUUAUGGAGGAUUGGAAUUACACUUACAGCUACACCUAGCUUUUUUAAGCUAACAUACUUCAGCAUAUUAUACGUAUAAUUAUUAGAGUUGUGUAUAUAGUCGUUUUUUCAUCGAGUUUUGUCUUAUGGCGUGUUUGUUAUGAUAAUAAACUUAUAUCACAUUA